CCUAAAUUCAACAAGAGCUGAAGUCGUCAGUGAAGCUCUCAUCCCCUCCAUCCAAUCACGCUCCCUUAAUUAGAAACUAGUUUUGGACAUGUUGCGAUACCAGGCGCGCUCUGCACGCUCGAUAAAACCCACAUUUCCUCUUGCACACUCGGUUCGAGCACCGUUCCUCAUAACUUUGGCACGAGGCUAUGCAUCUUCCCCAGAAUAUGAUGUCGUCGUGAUUGGUGGAGGACCUGGCGGUUAUGUCGCUGCCAUCAAAGCCUCCCAACUCGGUCUCAAAACCGCUUGUGUCGAAGGACGCGGCGCUCUGGGUGGAACUUGUCUAAAUGUUGGCUGCAUCCCCUCUAAAUCUCUUCUACACAACUCGCACCUUUACCACCAAGCCGUCCACGAUUUUAAAAAGAGGGGAAUUGAAGUCGGUGAAGUAAAGGUUAACCUUCCACAAAUGCUUGGACAAAAGGAAAAGUCCGUCAAAACCCUCACCGGUGGGAUCGAAUUGCUGUUUCGGAAAAAUAAGACCGACUACCAUAAGGGAUGGGGAAAAAUUGUGAGUCCAAAUGAAGUGGCGGUGGACGGUGUGGACGGAAGUAGUGCAACGUUGAAGACCAAAAAUAUUAUCAUUGCGACUGGCUCCGAAGUAUCGCCAUUCCCUGGAAUUGAGAUUGACGAGGAAGUAAUUGUUUCCUCUACUGGAGCCUUAUCUCUGAAGAAGAUCCCGGAGAAGAUGGUGGUGAUUGGAGGUGGUGUGAUUGGGUUGGAAUUGGGCUCAGUUUGGAGUCGUUUGGGGGCGCAAGUAACCACAGUUGAGUACCUCGACGCUAUUGGUGCGGGUAUGGACGCAGACCUUGCGAAAACUUUCCAGAAAACUCUCACCAAACAAGGUAUGAAGUUCAAACUCGGCACCAAAGUUAUUUCUGCAAAGAAGAAUGCCAACGGAAAGGUCGACGUUGUAACGGAACCCGCAAAGGGAGGUGCCCAAGAGCAGUUCGAGGUCGAUGUCGUUUUGGUCGCUAUUGGCCGUCGCCCGUUUACCAAGGGGCUUGGGCUAGAAUCUGUUGGUGUGGAGGUUGACAAUAAGGGACGGGUCAAGACCGACCACGAAUUCAAAACCAACGUCCCCGGGAUCCGCGCAAUCGGUGAUGUAAUUACUGGACCCAUGUUGGCUCACAAAGCUGAGGAAGAGGGUAUUGCCGCCAUUGAAUACAUUGCUGGAGGUCACGGCCACGUCAACUACAAUGCCAUUCCAUCGGUUAUUUACACAUGGCCUGAGGUUGCAUGGGUCGGUAAAACUGAGGCGGAGGUGAAGGCCAGUGGCGCGAAAUACAAUGUUGGUAGCUUUCCUUUUGCUGCUAACAGCCGAGCAAAGACAAUGGAUGACUACGAUGGUACCAUCAAGAUCAUUAGUGACAAGGAGACUGACCGUAUCCUUGGUGCCCACAUUAUCGGACCUAACGCCGGCGAGAUGAUUGCUGAGGCUGUUCUUGCCUUGGAGUACGGCGCUUCCAGCGAAGACGUUGCACGUACUUGUCACGCGCACCCGACUCUGAGCGAAGCCUUCAAGGAAGCUUGCAUGGCUGCGUAUAGCAAACCCAUUCACUUUUAAGCGAAAUAAACUGCAUUAUAACAUUAUCCUCAUCUUAAAGCCUCUUUGUCACAAAAAUAGUAUAUACUAAAACAAUCUAGUCUAUGUGCAGUAUCCAAAUGAUAUGUACAGCAGAAGGUUUACUAGAGACGUUGCUAGCUUUCCAG